UUUCUAUCAAAGGGACAGUGCAUAUAAACAUUGUUGUCUUCAUUGAAUGCUACAGAUUCGUGAAAGGAAUUAAAAUUGAAUUUAUUGACAAAAAAUGGGGAGUGUUGUGUUAGCAGUUUUCUUGAUGUGCAUGGUGGUAGUGGCAAUGGCUGACGUUGACAUGCAACAUGAUCAUGUAGAACCACAUGAACAACAGCAUGCACAUCACCAAGGGCAACAUGAUCCACAACAUGAGCACACACAUAAAGAACAACAUGGGCAUGGUUCUCAUUAUGAAUCCGACCAUCACCAUUAUUAACUUUGGACACAUCUCUUUCAAUAUUUCACAAAUAUUAUGUUGAUAUAAUCAAGGAGCAUUGCUUAGUUGUUUAUACAAUACAUUUUGUAAUAAAACUUUAGUGACUCUGUUGUCUGCA